AUGUCCCCCAACAGAGUAUCAUUUGGACUCGCUACUAUUCGCAACGCAGAUGAAAACCUCGAGGCUGCAGUUGUAGUCAAGCAAUGGGUAUACCCACUGUCAUCCCUUGAUGAGUCUUUCCACGGUCGCACUGUCUUUGACCUGCUCCAGGAUUGGUCUCGGGCGUGCUCUUCGCUGCAACAGUUUGCAUCACGAGUAGUCAACGGAGAUGCACAAGUCGGUAGACACCAAAUUCAGCUCAAAGACGCAAACUUUCAUACGCCAAUCUGCUACCCUAACAAGCUCCUUGCAGUCGGGGCUAACUAUUCAGGUCAUCUCAAAGAGAUGGGCCUUUCUGUGGAGAAAUGGAAUCCUAUGCCGUUCUUCAGUUGUCCGCCUACCAGCACGAUCGUGGGACCUGGAAAGACAGUUCCUCUCCCACCAACAACUAAGCAGUUUGACUGGGAGUGCGAGUUGACAGUUGUGAUGGGAAAAGGGCUCAGAAACGCGGCUCAAGAGCAGGCUGCAGAAGCUAUCGCUGGAUACACUAUUGGCCUUGAUCUCAGCUGUCGCGAUCUCUUCCAGACUGGUCCCCAAGGCUUGGUGGACAUCAUACGCGGCAAAGCACAGCCUGGAAUGAAACCUUGCGGGCCCGUCUUUUGGCCUAAGGAGUGCAUUGGAAAUUUGGAUAAUGUGCCUGUCAAAUUGUGGCUUAACGGUGAUUUGAUGAUGGAUGGGUCCACCAGCGAGAUGAUUCGGAGCCCAGCAGAAUGCAUUGCUGAGAUGAGCCAGAUACUGCCUCUGGACCCUGGAGAUAUGGUGAUGACUGGAACGCCUUCUGGAUCUGCUAGAUCGCAUGGAAAUAGAUGGCUGGUGAAAGGAGACUGUAUCAAAGCUCAGAUAGGUGAUAUGGAACCCCUGGAUGUUGAGGUGUACUGA